AUGUCCUACAACGGGCAGACUGAACUGCCGCCGCCUAUUGUCGCGGCGGACCACGCCUUCACCCAGGAGACACCGGUGACCCAGCCCAGCCACUUUGAGGGCAACGAGUACAACACUGCUCCAGGCCAAACCAACAUUACUUACGAGGAAACUGGCUACCAGCAGCAGUACUCUCAAGACUACUCUCAGCAGCAGUACACUCCGCAGCCGACUACCUUUGAGGCUCCUAAGCAGCAGGUUCCUAUGAACUCGGGUAACGAGAAGGUGGAGUCUGGCGAGCCUGCCGGUGAUGACAUGCCUGCCGAUGAGUACGGCCAGCUGGUCGCUUUCAUUCGCUCGCAGAAGGGUCACUCUGACGAGGAGGGCCAGAACGAUGGCUCUCGCAUUGUUAAGAAGCGUAACUGGCUCAUGCCCUGGAAGGUGCAAGAGGUCCGCGUCAACAAGAACGGUGAGGUUGAGGAUGUUCCUCAGCAAGUCCCAGCUUCGUGGCUCGAGACUGAUGUAUUCCAGGGUCUUAACGAUAGUGAGGUGACCAAGCGUCGCCAGAUGUUCGGUUUCAACGAGCUGGAGAGCCCGAGCGAGAACCUCUUCCUUAAGUUCCUCGGCUUCUUCAAGGGUCCUAUUCUCUACGUUAUGGAGCUGGCUGUUGCGCUGGCUGGUGGUGUUCGUGACUGGAUUGACUUUGGUGUUAUCUGUGGUAUUUUGGCUCUUAACGCUUUCGUCGGUUGGUACCAGGAGAAGCAGGCUGGUGACAUUGUCGCUCAGCUUAAGGCUGGUAUUGCUCUCAAGGCUACCGUUGUUCGUGACGGUCGUGAGGUCGAGAUCGAGGCUCGUGAGGUUGUCCCUGGUGACAUUGUCAUCGUUGAGGACGGUAUGACUGUUCCUUGCGAUGGUCGUAUCAUUGCUGACUACGAUGACAAGGAUCUCUCGCAGGCAACCGCUAUCCGUCAGCGCAUGGAGGAGACCAAGAACGGCUCGGAUGGUGACAACGAGGAUGAUGACGCCGGUGUGGACAAGGGUCCGGCUAUCGUUGCUUGUGACCAGUCCGCCAUCACUGGUGAGUCGCUCGCCGUCGACAAGCACGUUGGUGACCGUGUCUUCUACACUACUGGUUGCAAGCGCGGAAAGGCUUAUGUUCUGGCUACUGAGAUUGCCAAGCAGUCGUUCGUCGGUCGCACUGCCGCUCUGGUUUCGAAGGGUGAAGGCUCGGGUCACUUCCAGAAGGUCAUGUCCCUUAUCGGUACCUCGCUUCUGGUUCUCGUGAUUGUCUUCGUCCUUAUCAUCUGGUUUGCUGGCUUCUUCCGCAACAUUGAGAUUGCCCGCCCCAAGGAGAACAACUUGCUCAUCUACACCCUGGUCUUCCUGAUUAUUGGUGUCCCGGUCGGUCUUCCUUGCGUUACCACCACCACCAUGGCUGUCGGUGCUGCUUACCUUGCCAAGCGUGAGGCCAUUGUGCAGAAGCUCACCGCCAUUGAGUCGCUCGCUGGUGUAGAUGUGCUUUGCUCGGACAAGACUGGUACCUUGACUGCCAACAAGCUGUCGAUCCACGAGCCUUUCACCUCGGAGGGUGUGGAUGUCAACUUCAUGAUGGCUGUGGCUGCUCUUGCUUCGUCGCACAACAUUCGCUCGCUCGACCCCAUCGACAAGGUGACCAUCUCGACUCUGAAGGAUUACCCGGCCGCUGUCGAGGAGCUCGAGUCGGGCUGGGAGACACUCCGUUUCACUCCUUUCGAGCCGGUGUCCAAGCGUAUCACUGCUGAGGUUCGCAAGAACGGUAAGGACUACGUUGCCGCUAAGGGUGCCCCGAACGCCAUCCUUAAGCUCUGCAACCCGCCCCAGGAUCAGGCUCAGCUCUACCGCAAGGUGGCUGGUGACUUUGCCUCGCGUGGUUUCCGUUCGCUCGGUGUGGCUAUCCAGGAGGAUGGUAAGUGGCGCCUGCUUGGUCUUUUGCCCAUGUUUGACCCGCCGCGCUCGGACACUGCCGCUACCAUUGCUGAGGCUCAGAGCCUUGGUGUGUCGGUGAAGAUGCUUACUGGUGAUGCCGUGGCUAUUGCUAAGGAGACUUGCCGUAUGCUUUCGCUUGGUACCAAGGUGUACGACUCGCAGCGUCUAAUUGGUUCGGGUGGUAUGGCUGGUUCGGCUAUCCACGACUUUGUGGAGGCUGCUGAUGGUUUCGCUGAGGUGUUCCCUGAGCACAAGUACCAGGUCGUCGAGAUGCUCCAGCACCGUGGUCACUUGACUGCCAUGACUGGCGAUGGUGUGAACGAUGCUCCCUCGCUGAAGAAGGCUGACUGUGGUAUUGCCGUCGAGGGCGCCUCGGACGCUGCCCGUGCUGCUGCUGAUGUCGUGUUCCUUGACGAGGGUCUCUCGACCAUCAUUACCUCGAUCAAGGUGGCCCGCCAGAUCUUCCACCGUAUGAAGGCUUACAUUCAGUACCGUAUCUCGCUCUGUAUCCACCUGGAGGUUUACCUGCUUCUGUCGAUCAUUAUCCUGAACGAGACGAUCCGCUCGCAGCUGAUUGUGUUCAUUGCUCUGUUCGCCGAUGUUGCUACCAUCGCUAUUGCUUAUGACAACGCUCCGCACGCUCACCAGCCGGUCGAGUGGCAGCUGCCUAAGAUCUGGAUCAUCUCGGUCGUCCUUGGUCUCAUUCUUGCUGGUGGUACCUGGAUUACUCGUGCUACGAUGUUCCUUACUGGUGGUGGUAUCAUCCAGAACUUCGGUAACGUGCAGGAGAUUCUUUACCUUGAGGUUGCUCUGACUGAGAACUGGCUCAUCUUCGUCACCCGUCUGGGUGGUGGUGAGUCGGACAUCACUCUCCCGUCGUGGCAGCUUGUGGGCGCCGUCGCUAUUGUCGAUGUUAUCGCCACCCUCUUCUGUCUUUUCGGUUGGCUCUCGGGUGCUGAGCAGCGCAACUUUAAGACUGCCCCGCACGGUGGCUGGACCGACAUUGUGACUGUCGUUCGUGUCUGGGCCUACUCGUUCGGUGUCAUGGUUAUCUGUGCCCUGGUGUACUACAUCAUGUGCCGUAUCCCGGCCCUUGACAACCUUGGCCGUCGCAACCGCUCGGUCAAGAACGAGGUCCUUGAGGACUUCUUCACCAACCUUCAGCGUCUUACUCUCGUCCACGAGAAGGCUGAUGAUGGCCACGAUAUGUACCAGUUCCAGACCCGUCUGGAGGUGGACGAUGACGAGUAA